GGUUUUUGGUACGCCGCGCGGUGCAUUGUGGGACGGAGGAGGCCUAGGCAGGCAGCAGUUGUGAAUAGUGUUUGACAGACGCAGGCGUGUUUACAUUAGUACUGGGCUGAUCCGUGAGUGAUGGGGCGCGAGGAUCUGAUGAGCGCGGCGGAGGACGCGGCGGAUCAGUUCCUGCGGGUCACUAAGCAGUAUCUGCCUCACUUCGCUCGUCUGUGUCUCAUCAGCACCUUCCUGGAGGACGGCAUCCGCAUGUGGUUCCAGUGGAGCGAGCAGAGAGACUACAUCGAGGCCACCUGGAGCUGCGGGUACUUCCUCGCCACCGGCUUCGUGCUGCUCAACCUCAUCGGACAGAUCGGUGGAUGUGUCCUGGUGCUCACCAGAAACCUGGUUCAGUACGCUUGCUUUGGUCUGUUUGGCAUCAUUGCGCUGCAGACGGUCGCCUACAGUAUUCUGUGGGAUCUCAAGUUCCUCAUGAGGAACCUUGCUCUGGGAGGAGGACUGCUGCUGCUGCUGGCCGAGUCUCGCUCCGAGGGGAAGAGCAUGUUUGCCGGCGUGCCGUCGAUGGGACAGAGCUCUCCGAAGCAGUACAUGCAGCUGGGAGGACGUGUGCUUCUGGUGCUCAUGUUCAUGACGCUGCUGCACUUCGACUCCGGCUUCUUCUCCAUCCUGCAGAACAUGGUGGGCAUGGCGCUCAUCGUCCUGGUGGCCGUGGGCUUGAAGACGAAACUAGCCGCUCUGACGCUGGUGCUGUGGCUCCUGGCCAUCAACGUCUACUUCAACGCCUUCUGGACGGUGCCUUCCUACAAACCCAUGCACGACUUCCUGAAGUACGACUUCUUCCAGACCACGUCGGUGAUCGGAGGCCUGCUGCUGGUGGUGGCGCUCGGCCCCGGAGGCGUCUCGGUGGACGAGAAGAAGAAGCAGUGGUGAGGAGACGUUCACCAGGAGCACACUUUAUUUUUAGUGCUUUGUUAAAUCCUGGAGUUUUAUUUCCGUUGCAGCAAUCGAGGAGAUCCCGAUUCGUUUCACUCUGGUUUUGUGUUUGAUAAUGAAAGCGUGUUUAUGCAGAAGAGAUCAGAUCUUCCUCUAUCUGGACUCUCUUUAUCAUGUUAUUUGCGACGGGCAUCAGACUGUGAACUCUGUACUGUGUGCGUCUCGGGAUGUUUGACUGAUUCUGACGCCGGACGAACGAGACAGAUUUAUCUGAGAGAUUUCUGUUGAUUCUAAGACAAACAAGUCACUGUAUUGAUUUUUUUCAGAGGUUUAUAUUGUAUUUUUGACUUUGGGUUUUCAGAUCGUGCCGGGAAAAUAAAGCAAAACCAACAAAUGA